CUUCUGGAAGAGGAAAACAGUUGGUGAGUGGCAGUUAUCAGCCAGGACGGCAAAGCUGCCUAAUGAGAUAAGGUGGAAGAGAAACAAUAGCUCCUUGAAACACAUUGUUUCUGGGAAAUAGGAUGGCCCUAUCUUGACUGCUGCCUUAGGGCAUGUCUUUCUGCUAUAAUGUCCAAACCCGCAAGCAAAAACCCUUCAACUACCUCAUUUACUACAACUGAAAAAGAAGCCCAACCUGCCGGCGCCAGUUCUUCUGAGACCUCUUGGGAGAUACAUGCAGAUGAUUUCACCAAGGAGUUAUCCUGUGCUAUAUGUCUUGAGCUGUUUAAGGAGCCUGUCAUUCUGCCCUGUGGCCAUAACUUCUGCAAAAAUUGUCUAGAGUCAGUAUGGGGGAAAAAGGGAGUCUUCUGUCCACAAUGCCACGCGAGCGUUCCAGAGCGAAAGUUCAUAGCAAACAAAACACUGGAGAAAAUGGCGGAAAGGAUUAAGACCUUUCAUGUGGGGUGCCAGCAACAGAAGUGCAUAGAACACAGCGAGCCAUACACCCUCUACUGGAAGCCGCAAGAAAAGCUAGCCUGCUUCAGUUGCCGAGAAACUCAACAGCCCAAAGAACAAAGCACCCAGUUUCUCCUUAUCCCAGAUGCCGUCCAGAUUUAUACGGAAAAACUGCUCAUGAUGAGAAUGCAGCUGAGGUCCAUCAUGAUGAAACUCGAGAUGUUGAAAAAUGCUCAGGAGGAGAAGAUUUCUAGUCAUAAAGAGAACAGAUUGCAAUUUCAGUACCACAUUUCCUUGGAAUUUCUAAAACUGCACCAGUUUCUUCAUGGCAAGGAGAAAAUGUACAUCAAUCAGUUAAAAGAAGAGGGUGAAAUUCUCCUCCAAGAAAUGGAGGCAAAUCUAAACAAACUCCAAGACCAAACACAGAGCGCUAAGGAUACCCUGGUCUGCAUCCAGGCCCGUCUGUACCAGCAGAAUUCUGCUGGCUUCCUGAAAGGAAUAAAAGCUUUCAUGGAAAAGAUGGAACAGAAAACGGAAAAUUCAUCUCUGGGUGAACUAGUGAUCGGAACUCUUAAUCCAGGGGACUACAAAGGGCCCAUACAUUAUACCGUAUGGAAGGAAAUGAAAUCCAUCCUCAGCCCAGACAUUUCCUUCCUGACUCUGGACCCCAAAACCGCACAUCCAAACUUGGUUCUCUCCGACAGGAUGACCUGCGUGAGACAUACUGACACAAAGCUAGUUUUGCCGGACACUCCAGAGAGAUUUGACUGCAGCGUUUCUGUCCUGGCGGCUGAAGGGUUCACCACUGGGAGACACUACUGGGAAGUGGAGACAUGGAACAAGACCAAAUGGACCUUGGGGGUUGUGAGAGAGAGCAUUAACCGUAAAGGGAACUACCCACUGUCCCCCAAAGAGGGGCACUGGCUUAUAAAGCUAAGGAAUAAGAAUGAGUUUAAAGCUAUAGACAUGGAAUCAAAACCUCUGGCCCUCUCCAAAAUUCCCACUAGAAUUGGGGUGUUCUUGGAUUAUGAGGGUGGCCAGGUAUCCUUUUAUAAUGCAGACAAUAUGUCUCACAUCUACACUUUCAUGGACAAUUUUGCAGAGAAACUUUACCCAUACCUUUGUCCAUGUCUGAACGACGCAGGACAAAACAGUGAGCCCCUGAGACUUGUUGCUUUUCACUUAUAGAGCCAGGGUGAGAAGGAGCACCUAGUGUAAAAUAGAUCUCUUUCACCCUGAGCUAUUAGAUACAGACAACUCAUAUGAUCCAGUGCUAAGAUCCCAUUGUCAAUGAAAGGGGACGGCAGGUGCCCCUGGACUUCUUUUGGGACUUAACUCUGGCCCUAUCGUUGGGACCUGCUCUGGUAGCUAUCCUGGCCCUUCUUGUGGUCCAGCUUCAAUUCUGCUACACAGCCCUGCCAUGUCUGAAAAGUUAGCAGGAUCCCACGUAGGUCCCUAAAAGUGGCAUCGCAGUUGAGGCCUACGGCAUUCUUACACUAACCACUCCUAAUUGUAAACUUGUAAGGAGAGAUUAAUUAUAUAUUUUUCCCCUGAAAGGCAAAAAAUUAAAAUUAUUAAUUUUUUAAAAAAACCUCUCAAGUUCACAAUGUAGCACAAGUUUAGCACAUGUAUAAAAUUGUCCACAUGUAUAUUUAUUAGAAAAAUAUUCAGCUUAGAAAUGGCAGGGAGCAGAAGCAAAGGUUAAUAAGUAAUAACUCUGGGAUAAAAUUGUUCCCCAACAAAAAUUGUUUUGGUGUGUCCUUUUGUAUUUGUUUGAUGAAAUCCAAUAAAAAGAAUACUCAUAUCAAUUUCACAGUGUGCUGCUGGGCUCUUGAAUAAAGUUCAAAUAAUAGUCUUAAUAAAGGGUAAAUGUUUAUGUCUGUAGACCAUUAUUAUCUGGCUUACACAGGUUUUGCACUCAUUACACUACCCUACUGCAGGGCUAGCUGGGGUUGAAGGGUGCUAUUUUUAAGGAGAAAGUCACACAAAAAUGCUGAUCAAUUUCUAUAAGGAUUUUUUUUUAAUAAAAAAAGCCAAAACAUUUUUUGCAAUUUCCUGCGAAAAUGUGGAAAACUGAAUUUGCUGAAGGAGGAGUGAUCACAAACCAGGAUGCUGCUGAUUAUCUGUUCAGCAGUGAUGCUUCACACCCUGAC